UUUAUAAUAUGUAUGUAGAUCCCCAAAAAUAAACGAAGCGUUGAAGCGAAGGAAACUUACUUCUUUUAGCCAUUUCGUCGAGCAUUUCGCAGAGGGAAGCUAAAAUUGGGGUGACAAAUUAAGAUUAUUAGGAGAGGAAGAGGUGGUAGGAAGGAAAGAAGGGUUGAGAGAAAUCUGGCAAACAUUGGAGUAUUGCGGGCUAGGAAGCAAGGGAGCAAUUUUGGGGGUGAGGACGAGGAGGAUUGCAGACCUUGGCGUCGCAGAUUGUCGUCGAUGGCUGUCUCCUGGUCCUCUCUCUUCCGGAUUUCUCUCCUUUUCCUCCUCCUCGCCGCCGUUGUCACGGCCUUCGUGACCCUCCCAAUAGAAAAGAUAUUAAAGGACUUUUUGGUGUGGAUUCAGGAUAAUCUAGGGCCAUGGGGUCCUGUUGUUCUGGCAAUUUCAUAUAUACCAUUGUCCGUUCUAGCUGUUCCAGCUUCCAUACUAACUCUUGGUGGAGGAUAUUUGUUUGGAUUGCCUCUAGGUUUUGUUGCUGACUCUCUUGGAGGCACUUUUGGUGCGACCGCCGCUUUCUUGCUUGGUAGAACAAUUGGUAGGCCUUAUGUUAUAUCCAAGCUUAAGGAUUACCCAAAGUUUCAGGCUGUUGCUAUUGCAAUUCAGAGAUCUGGUUUUAAGAUUAUUUUUCUUCUUCGGCUUGUUCCUUUACUUCCAUUCAAUAUGUUAAAUUACCUCCUGUCUGUUACUCCAGUUGGCAUUUGGGAGUACAUUAUGGCUUCAUGGCUUGGAAUGAUGCCAAUCACUCUGGCACUUGUUUAUGUUGGAACAACUCUAAAAGACCUCACUGAUGUGACCCACGGGUGGAAUAAAAUCUCUCCUUCUAGAUGGGUACUUAUCAUAUCAGGUUUCUUAGUAUCUGCCAUUCUUAUGGUGUGUGUGACAAAAGUAGCCAAGUCAUCUUUGGAGAAGGCCUUGGCAGAGAACCCAGAUGUGGAGAACCUUUUAGUGUCACCUCAGCUACCGAUCACAUCAUGUCCUGCUGUCGACUUGCACAAACCUCUUAUAAUUAAGGUUGAUCCUUCAAAUGAUGACCAUGAAAAGUGAAUAUUUUUCAACUUGUACAUUCUUUAACAUCAACAAACAGUGUGGCUAGCAAAUAUUAUAUUUGUUGUAUCAAUACUGAGAGGGUGAGGCAGCUUAAUGCUUUUUUAGGCCAUCUUAUUCUCAUGGAAUGUAAUUUUCCUCAUCUUUUUAAACAGAAAUAACAUCAAAGAAUUUGCAAAUGAUGGUUUUUGUUUAAAAAGAUUAUUAAUAGGUGUAAAUAUGCUUUUGAUUAACAAGUUUGCUUUUAUGAA